AUUGAUACUUAUUUAUUUAGAAGUAAAAUAUUUUAAAAUGGGUGGAAUAAUAAGUUCAAUUUUAGAAAUUUUUCGGCCAAAAACAAAGCCAAGAAGUAAUAACAUUGUGAGACAUUACGAAACCAAUUAUGAAACAAAACCGACAUUCGUAUCAGAAAGUAGAUCAAAAUUUGUUACUAAAGAGACCUUUCAAGUGUUAUAUCAAAAUAAACGUGUUAGUGAAAAUGAAUUGCCAUUUGGUGAUUUUAGAACUAUGCGAAUCAUACCUACCACAAAUGAAAUACUUGGACCAAACGAAACAAAAAUUCGACCAAAUAUUAUCAACGGGAAAUAUUUAAGUGUGAAUCAUUAUUUAGACAUACAUUUUCGAUUAUUACGAGAAGAUUUUAUGGCACCGUUACGUGACGAUAUUCAAGAUUAUAAGAGAAAUUCAGUAUCGAAAUUACGAAUUUACAAUGUACAAAUUGUAUCUAGACUUUGUGUUGAACAAAAUCGAUUAUAUUUUGUAGUUAAAUUGAAUUUAAGUAAAAACAAAUUAAAACUUUUACAAGAUUCAAAAGAUUUAUGUUAUGGUUCAAUGGUUAUACUUUUUCAAAAGGGUUCUUUUCAAACAAUGAUUAUUGGUUCGGUUUCACAAAAAGAUGAAAAAACUUUAGAGGAUGGUGAAAUAUUUGUGGAACCAUUAAAUUUAUGGGAUAUUAACAAAUAUUUUAACAAAGAUUUGAUAAUGAUUGAACCAAAUUCACAUUUCGAAUCAUAUCGAUAUAUAGCAGAAGUGUUUCAACAAAUCAAUGAAUAUUCUUUUCCAAUGUCUAGAUAUAUUUUAAAAGCUGAAGUUGCCAGUCAAUUACCUGGGUAUUUAACAAAUAAAAUAUGUACAAAUAUUUUAUCUAUUCUGUUAGACUUUUCUGAACAAGUGAAAUAUGAUUGUACCCAAUAUGAUGCGAUUAAAGCAGCUCUAACAAAUGAGUUUUGUAUUAUCCAAGGACCACCUGGUACUGGAAAAACCUUUAUUGGAUUAGAAAUAAUUAAAAUAUUAUUACAAAACCAUACAUUGUGGUGUUACAAUGGACCGAUUUUGAUAGUGUGUAAAACAAAUCAUGCCUUAGAUCAAUUUCUAGAAGGCAUUUUAAAAAUAACCCAUCGUCUAGCACGUGUUGGUGGUCAAUCGAAAAAUGAUAAAUUGAAUGAAUUUAAUAUUAAAGAGUUACGAAAAAAUUUUAAAAGAAAUCGAAAUCGAUCAGAUUCGUUAAAGAGUAUUACGGAUCAAAUAAAGAUUUUACAUUCCAAAUUACUUGACGCUUAUACGUAUAAUAGAGAAAUGGACUGGGAUUGGAACCCGGAAAAUAAUCCAGAGAAAAUAAUCGCUCGUAUAUUGACUUUAAAAAAUCAAUAUAAUGCUGUACUACAAAAUAGAGAUGUCGAAUUAUUACGACAAUAUCUAGUGGUGGGGAUGACUACUACUGGUGCCGCUAAAAAUCGUAGAGUUUUAGAAGGGCUUAGAUCUCCAAUAGUAUUUGUUGAAGAAGCGGCCGAAGUAUUAGAAUCACAUAUUAUUAUUUCGUUAACGACUGCAUGCAAACAUUUGAUUUUAAUUGGUGAUCAUAAACAAUUGCGCCCUUCUACAGCCGAUUAUCGUUUAGCAAAAGAUUGUAAACUCGAUAUAUCAUUAUUUGAACGAAUGAUUCUAAAUGGAAUGUAUUGUGCGACAUUAGGAGUGCAGCAUCGAAUGAGACCAGAAUUUGCACAAUUAAUUGCACCAUCUAUUUAUCCCCAUUUGAGAAAUCAUCAAUCAGUAUACGCGUUCCCAUCAAUUAUGGGAAUGACAAAGAAUUUAUUUUUUAUAAAACAUACACAUUUAGAGCAAGUACUAGAUUCUGUUAGUAAACAAAAUAACCAUGAAGCUAAUUUCUUGCUUCAAUUAUGCCGCUAUUUAAUUUUACAAGGAUAUAGUGCUAACGAAGUUACAAUUUUAACAACUUACAAUGGACAAGUGCAGCGUAUGAAAAAAUUACAAAAAUCCAUUCCGACAAUUGACAAUGUACGGAUUACUUCUGUAGAUAAUUUCCAAGGUGAAGAAUGUAAUAUUAUAUUACUGUCAUUGGUUAGAAGCAAUGGAAAAGGAGAAAUAGGAUUUUUGUCCGCUGAUAAUAGAAUUUGUGUUGCUUUAUCACGAGCUAAACACGGCUUCUAUAUGAUCGGUAAUAUGAAUAUUUUAGUAAAGCAUACCAAAUCAAAGUGGCCAGAAAUUAAUCAAGUGCUAAUCGAUAAUAAAAGUAUUGGAACUGAUUUGGUAUUGCAAUGUCAAAUUCAUAAGGAUCAACGUACAAAGGUGAAUUGCGGAGAUAAUUUCAAAGUCAAAUGUCCUGAAGGCGGUUGUUUGUUGCGAUGUAAUACAACAAUGCCAUGUGGACAUGUUUGUGAAAGGGUAUGUCACGUUCAAGAUCGUGCUCAUAUCAAAAUAAUUUGUAAAAAGCCAUGUUUAAGGCAAAUAUGUCCACAAAACAAACAUCAGUGUCAGGAAUUGUGCUACAAAAAAUGUAGUAAAUGCAUUUGCUACAAGAAUCGAUUUGAAUAUGGAGGAAGCAGGAGAAUAAUUUAUUCCAAUGACACAAAUAUACCAUCUCCUACUUUUGCUGCUUAUAGAUUACCACAAGUUGAAGUUGGAUCGCGUUAUUGGGUAGUAACCAAAAAAACAAUUGUGAUGAUAGUCUCAACGGUAGUAAAUGUAUUUAUGUUUUUAAUUGGAAGGAGAUGAUGAAUAAAGUUGUCAAAAUUAUCAGAAUUUGUAAAA